AUGCCUCGCUCGAGCGCGGCGAGCAUGGAGGCGACGAUGACGCCCGGUCAGCUCGGAUGGGACUUUUCCCAGGUUUUCGGCGAACGCGCGCCGGGGGAGGAGGUGCAGGACGCGGAUGUCAUAUCGGCGGUAGAGUUUAACGCCGAUGGAGAAAAACUGGCGACAGGUGAUCGCGGUGGGCGUGUCGUGCUGUUUGAACGCGUGUACCAGAGUAAGAGCGCGAUGGAGGAGUUACGUUCGAGGUUCGACGAGAGCGGCGUGGCGAGCGACGUCGACGGCGGCGAGAAAGGGACGGACGCGGCGUUUAGUGGACGCAAGGAACCGGUGGAAUAUCGUUACUUGACCGAGUUUCAAUCGCACGAGCCGGAGUUUGAUUAUCUCAAGUCGCUGGAGAUUGAGGAGAAGAUCAAUACGUUGAAGUGGUGUCACCAAGGGGCGAACGACGCGAAUUUCUUGUUGUCCACAAACGACAAGACGAUCAAGCUCUGGAAGGUAUAUGAGAAGCACUUAGAGUGCGUGAGUGGGUUCAACGUCCAUAGAGAAGAAGAUAGAUUCGGGUUUAGACGGACGAAUGGUGGGAAGGCCGCCACGACGAGCGCGACGGGCAUUGGCGCUUUGGCGAAUGAGCAACACGCGGGCGCGCUGAAGAUUCCCUCCGUCGUGCGUGGGGAGAGCGUGUUCACGGCGAGAAACCGGCGAAUGUAUGCGAACGCGCACGCGUAUCACAUCAACUCGCUGAGCGUGAAUAGCGAUGGAGAGACGUUUAUUAGUGCGGAUGAUUUGCGGAUAAACUUGUGGCACUUGGAGAGUACGCAGCAAAGUUUCAACAUCGUGGACAUCAAACCUACGAACAUGGAAGACUUGAGCGAGGUGAUCACCGCCGCGGAAUUUCACCCGGUGCACUGUAACUAUUUGGCGUUCUCGUCGAGCAAAGGAACCAUACGUUUGACGGAUUUACGUCAACACUCGGUGUGCGAUUCGCACUGUAAGCUGUUUGAACUCCCGGAGCCGGCGGAGAAGAGAAGUUUCUUUUCGGAAAUCAUAGCCAGCAUCAGCGACAUCAAGUUCAGUCGAGACGGUCGAUACAUAUUAUCGCGAGAUUAUCUCACCAUGAAACUUUGGGACGUCAACAUGGACAGCAAACCUGUGGCGACGGUGAACGUGCACGAGCACCUUCGUCCCAAACUGUGCGACUUGUACGAGAACGAUUCUAUUUUCGACAAGUUUCAAUGCUGCGUCAACCACGACGGUUCUCAAGUCGCCACAGGUUCAUACGGGAACGUGUUCAAGAGCUUUAACACCGCUAUCGGCGACGAGGGUGAAUCGGGAGGCCAAUUUGAAGUGUCCAAGGAUCCGCGGGGCAGAUUGACUCCGAAGACGCGCGGCAACGGAUAUCACGGCGGCGCCGGUGACAUCUUCAACCUUCCUCCGGCUGAUUUCCGCGCGAACAAAAUCCUCCACAUGGCCUGGCACCCGAAAGAAGACAUCAUCGCCACUGCCGCCGCCAACUCCCUGUACUUCUUCUCCGGCGGCUCUCCGUGA